GUGUGUGUGUGUUUAUUAUGAUCAUGCCCGAUCGCCUGCUCUCCGCAUAUCAUUACUACCAUUUAGAGGUCAUUUCGCCAGAGCGAACUCAACUUCGCGAAAUUAUUGGAAGAUUCAUAUCAAAUAAAUUGAUUGUUGAAUCAUAUCCACCGAACUAGGCAGCACUUGGAGGUCCUUAUAACAGUAUUCUAGGUUUUAAUCGAAACAUCUGGUUUAAUAUCCACGGAAAAUGCAUAAAUCGUACCAGUCGAUAUUACCGUGCCACAACCGGCUUCUCCAGCAGAGAUGGGAUCAGAAAUAUUACGAUGAACACAGACAGAAGGUCAAAGAAGCAAAACCAAUGGUAGAUACCAAAGCCCCUACAACAUAUGUGCAUCUUCAUCUCAAACUUAAGAAGUUACAGUUGGAGGAGGAACGUCUUGCUGUGAUUGAACGUGAUAACAGGAUUCUUCUUGAGAAAAUGUCUGUCAUUAUGAGGACGAGAGGACGGGUGGAUAAUAGGAAUAACUAUAUCCAUAGAAGUUUGAAUCGUGAGAAGCGUCAGCGUGAGUUGUUGAGGGUGACUAGGGAGAAUCAGGAGAUACUUCGUCGGAUCCUGGCCAGGGAACCGGAAUACAACCAUCUAGAAUGGGAUAGACAGUGGGAGGAGAAUGAACAGUUCAUGGAUAACAUCGCUAGGUAUCCUAGGAACUGGUGGGAGCUGGAACAGGAGGAGAAACAGAGACGCAAGGAGGAGCUGAGAGAGAUGAGGAAGAAUGAAAAAUCAGAGUUGAACGAGGAGGAAAACCCGAGGAAGAAACCUGUCAAGAAACAACAGGAAGAGAAGGAGGAGGAGGAAAAUCAAGAAGAACAAAAAGAUGUAGAAGAGGAGAAGCAAGAGGAGAAAGAGCCUGAACAGAUAGCAGAAUGAAAAACAUCUUCAGGGCAAUCAAGACCAACCUGAAAGUCACUUUCAGAACCAUGGCGGUAACCAUCUUUUAGAACAUUUUUAUAUCAGGCAGGAACUGAUUAUUUUUAUUUUCCCACCAUUGCAGUAUGCUGUCUAUAUGCUUUUUUUCAAAUAGAAUUUGUGAAGAAUUCAAGAUUUUGUGCAUUUUAGAAGGUGGCAGUGCCACAGAACAUUUUGAGAUGCUUCAUGGUCAUUACGUUACCAAGAUCAGCUUGAUCUGUCGUUAUCUGCAGUGGUAUCAGAGCGCUGUUAUCAGACAAAGGUUUAGAGGGGUGGGGUUUUGGGUAUGAACAAUUAUUUGACCAAUGCUGUUCAAAUCCUUCAAUCCAUAAGUGGUCUGAAUAUGCAUUCAGCCUAAAGUCUGUGGCAGUGACUUGUCCACAGAAGAGAAAUAUCGAGUUGCAUAAAUUUGUGCUACUCCUGUGUCAAGACCCAUGUUUCAAUCAGGGUCUGUGCCUGCAGACUAGAUUUGACCCUAAGAUUCUGUGUCUGAGCAGAACGUUCUUGCUCCACUGACUGACAUCAGAGUUGAGAUGAAAAUAGUGGCAGAUCCAGUCGGGUUGGAUACAAUACCAUUUCAUGAAAAUUCAGGGGGCGUAUUUGUAAGCGAUAUAGUCAGGCACCACAAAACAAUUGUGUCUAAUCCGGCUGGAUCCACCCGUGAUAAUGUCAUCAAUGUUAUUACCAUUAUCAAGCAAUGAAUAUUAUAAUGCGCCAUAGAUAUUAUAUAUCAUUAUUGAUAUCUUGUUAUCGGUAUCGUUAUACCAUUAAGUGUAUGAAUGGUAAUAAGCGAUGCCCUUCAGAGGUCGAUGGGUGGGAACUUAAGGUGAGAGCAUGAAAAUAGCAAGGUCAUUCCACAACGAUGCAUAUACUGUAAAGGGUGGCUAAACCCCAUUAGGAAUUAUGUGUACAUUUACAAAAAAAUCUUCUUAAAACGUUUGUUUCAUUUAAAUAUGUAUUAAGGCAACAUGAUAACUUACAUUUAUUCUAUAUCUCUUGGAAUAAUACUUUUGUUAUCACAUUGAUAUUAAGAUAUUCACCCUAGUUACCUAUGACAGCAAAAUGCUGUAUACUUUUCUUCAUUUGGGGAUAUAUAACCCUUUUCUAGUCUCAACUGUGAAGGCUAUCAAAUAAUAAUUCACUAACGCAAAAUCUUGAAGAUUUAACUCUUGAAUUAGUAAGGGAUGUACUCUAAAUACCCAUGUAAUGGAAUGUCAGGAUAUUUUUUGAUAAAAUCAUUAUUUAAAUGUUUUACAAUGUGAUCAUUAUCAUCAGGUAGCUAUUUCAUGCAUAAAGUUUCUUCCAGAUUCAUUCCGUCGACGUUCAAAUAUGUAUGCAAUUUUUUAUCCUGAAAUCUUGUGCUAUCUUCCUUUCAGUGUCACUCUAUGAAGUAUCACUAAAUCUUAUAUUUUAUUCAUUUAACUUGAUCUGUAAUUGUAGUAGUUACGAUUAAUAAUUACAACUUUGAUAUUGCGCUGUUCUUUUUAAGAUGCGGAUGGUAAUAUUGUAUAAAUUUGUUCUAUGAGAAAUUUUAGGCUUAGGAAUAACCAGCAAGUUUUUAAAUAAUGUUUUUCAUGGCUAUCUUAACCUUUUUCAUUCUUAGACUGUCUGAUAUAAAAUAUUAUAUUGGUAAAUAAAUAAUACACUUAUAAAUUUAAAUACACCAUUUUGAAUUUGGGGGGAUUAUGUUCAGAGUUGAAUAAUAUUUGUCAUUCUGUAUGUAAUCAGGCAUUGAAAUCAUGAUUUUUUUUGUAGAGAAAGGGUCAUUUAAUUCUUUAGAACCAGAUUACUUAGUAGUAUUCACAAUUGCUGUCAAAUUAUUGCAGUCCUCUCAAUUUUCAUGCUACAUUUUAUAAGUGCAAUGAGUAGUGUAUAUAUAAAAAUGUGCUUAUCAUAUUUACAAUGAAUGUAUUGUUUGUUAAAGUAUGUGUUCUUCAAAAUCAUGCAUGUAUGUUGCUAUGUACAUAUAUUGGUCAUGAGUAAAGUAUGUAUUCAUUUUUAAUAUGCAAGCUUUUUCUAAUAUUGUGAUGAUCAGUGAUAUUCUGCAUUAAAUAGAUGCUGUCAUGAA